CACUUGGACCCAACCACCUCGAAGGAUGGCGGUGCGGCGCGAUCCGCAUGUUGUGUACGAAGGAGACAUCAUUUACCUCUCCAUCCACGGCGAAGGAACGAUACACUCAGACGGCUUUGUGGACGAAGAGCUGACUGUGUCUUGCAACUCGACCGACGCCACGAACUAAAACGUCGAGGGAUGCUUGUUCAAGAUCCUGCCCAAGUUGUCGUACGACGCGCACAAGACCCUCAGUCAUGCAACCGCCAUUGCUGGUACCGAAAAGCAUGCGCUGCUUGCCCAGCAGGCAAAAGUCGAAGCGGAGUCUAACGAUAACGUCGUCACCCGCAUCCCGGCCGGCGCCGGCCAACCCAUCCUGUUUGGUCAACCGAUGCAGCUCCAACACGUCGUGUCAGGCAAGUUUCUGACCUCGCAUUCGAAAGCACUCGCCCGCAUGGACAAGUCGUGCAUGAAGGUGUCGCUCCAAGCCGACGGGUCCUCCAAGAGCUGGUUCUCGUUCGUCCCGCGCUUUCGACACCGCGCCAUCGGUCAACAAGUUCCCUUCAACGAGACGGUGUGCCUCGCCCGGUCCAAAAACCAUUCCUUGUGUGUGCACUUGAGUCAUGGCCAGCGAGAAAUCAACAUCCACCAUAAAGCUUCAGAUGUGCAAGUCGUGUCGUAUGCUAGACAAUUGUCUCGGCGCAUGGGGCUGCAGGUUGGCAAAAUCUACCGGCUAUUCCACGUUGAAGGCAAGGCAUUCGUGACGCUGUCGGCAUCACCGUCGAUCGCACAGUCCAACGACCCGAAACCUCCCUACUUUCGCCACAUCUUGCCCGACACGGCAUACUCGGACAACUCCAACAUGACCGUCAAGUCGAUGUUUGUGUUGGAGCGGCAAGACAAUUCCAUGGAAGGCGGCGCCUUGGUCGACGUGACCGUCCCCGUUCGCUUCCGCCACGUCAUCACGGGGCGGUACUUGGCGGUGGCGUCCGAGGAUCAUGAGAUUCGUGACGCGGAUGGCAAAAGCUUCUCGAUCCGAGCGGUGUCGAGCGCGUCGCAGGCCGACGCGGCGGCCUUUCAUCUGACUCCGUCCGGCGGCGACAACAGAGUAGUAUAUCGCAUCGAGAUGCGCACUGUCGACCAGCGCACGUACCGGCUACACGACCCCAACCUCCCAAAAAGCAACCGGAGCGGGAAACCGACGGCCAGCACACGCAUCGUCGCAACCACCGCUCUGAGCGACCACGAUGUUUUUCAUCUCGUCGAGGUGUCUGACGACGACGUGUACGACACAAACUUGCUGCUGAGCGUGACGGCACACCUUCGCACGCACUACAACCUCCAGGACGCCCUCGACCGCAACGUCCGGCUCAGCUUCGAGUCGAUGAAAGUGCCGUUGACGGCGCUGAAUCUGCUCUUGGCGUUCUUUGGCUCGAGCGAAGGCACGUUGGUUCGUGCCCACAGCGUUCACGCGCACCGACAACACAAAGCGAGACAAGUCAAGUUGAUUGACACGCUGUUUGACAUGCUGCGUGUUGUCCCGGCGAACCACUUGGACAUGGCCAAGCUGGCAGCCCACCCGCAGCACCGCGUGAUCCAUCGCAUCCACAAGCUCAUCAACCUUGUCCUCGUCGGCCUGCUACAUGACAACGUGGCCAACAAGCACUACAUUACAACCAGAUCGGACCGGUCCGUCGCCAACUCGUCGACAACAUACUUGGACGAAAUUAUGCAUGCGAUCGGGACCGAGACGGGGGCGAAGCGAGUGUACUGCAGCGCGUUUCAUAACCACCCCGAGCUGCUUGAGAACCGGGUUGACGCCCGACUUGUCGGCGCAGCGUUCCAGCGCUUGGGCGAUAAGGGCGUGCGGGCCAUGGGCAUGCUUGAGUUCUUGGCAACAACGUGCUCGUGCAAUGGUCAUCCUCUCGCGACGAACCAAGAGUUGAUCGCACUAGCGCUGUACAGCGUCAACCCUGAAUUUCCCCGGGCACGGCACCACUUUGUCAUCGAAGUGGCGCCGUGCUCUGCUCCAGAUCGUCGCAUCACCAACACCGUGAAAUCCAUGGCACUGACGAUCCCGCACUGCAUGGCAACGAAAGGAAUUCAGUGGCGGCCCCCCGGCCACGAAAUGAUGGACCUGGGGCCGGAGAAUGUCGUGAUCUCGUGGACGUGUAGCCGUUCAUGGCAGCCAGGAUCGACGGGGCUGUACUACACACCGGAAGCGCUAGGAUUGCCGUGUGUUGACACUGCAGUCGUUCCGGACGACUUCGCACACUAUCGGCAAUCCUUAUCACCGCAGGAGCUUGCCGACACGGACGUGGCCCCCGAUACUGCGCUGCCAUCGAUCUUCGACGUGUUUGCACUGAAAGCCUUGACAGAAUCGACGGCGCCUCACGGUUCGGCUGAGCCCACCAAGGCUCGUACACUGGAUGUUGCAAAACCACCGGUGGCGCUUGCUGCUGCCGGUGAAGCUCCGCGUUCGCGGCCCGCCGGCGUGAUGGAGCCAAGUGGGGGUGUCGACGACGGUGCAGGGGCGGCCAAGUCGUCGAGGACAGCCCCUUCGAACGAAGGAGGCCCCAAAUGGGUCUUGCUGGAGCAUGUUACGUGGACACUGGAACCUGAAACCAUGUACGCGCGCGUGUUCAACGACGGCAAGGCCGUGGUGUGGCAGGACUUGGAAGCUACCUUGGCUCGGUCCACUCGUGAACACUUUGGUCGUCUGCAUGACCUGGCGCAGUACUUUCGACUGCAGCUCCACCUGCUCGUGGAGCUUGUUCGCGACGGGGCGGCGUCUGCGAUUCAGGUGGUCAAGCGUCAAUUCCGGUACUCGAUGCUGCUGGCGGCUAUCUCGAAUGACCGACUUCCCCACUGCAUUCGCACCGAGUUUGCUCUUCUCGUCCUCCACUGCUACGUCGAUGUGUUUCCGCACGAACCGGUAGCGACGACGAGUCGCGUCUUCGUCUACGAAGACAUUCCAAAGAUCGUGCGUCGCAAGGCAACCGCGAUGACAUGCACGUCGUUCGGCCUUGACGCCGGCCACCCCGCCGUCGCGAUCGGGCUUGCCAACCACGAUGAUUUCCUCUCGUAUCCCCACCCCAACAAGUUUGCCGUGCUGCAAGCCGUGCUCUUUUCGAUCGUCGCGACGUUUUCCGCGACCCCCGUGCGGAACUUGACCGUUGCGUCCACGGCGUUUCUCCGUGCAGUGCUGCGCAUUCUCCACGACCUUCUUCGCUUUGGCUUUUACGCCGAUGUCGGCGACCAGACGCGGCUCGUUGGGCUGCUCUUGUGCCUCCUGGACGGCCGCAACACCGGCGCCGUCCACGAUGACAACCGGUAUCGCCGCAAUCCGCUCAACAACGCCAUGACAGCGACCAAGUCGCAGAUUUGCCACAUCUUGUCCACACUGCACGAGAUGUGGCGCGACGUCGACGUGGCGCGGGUCAUGGCGUUUUUUCGGCACGUGUAUCUGCAUCCGACGUCGAGGUGGGCGGCGGCGCUCCACAAGAAGCGGCACGGCGUCGUGCGAACCGCGAACGUCGUCCAAGUCCUCGCCGACUCGUCGGUCGACCUGUUGACCGUGUCCAAAGGAACGCUGGACUUUAUCUGCGUCGACUUGAUCAUGUACGACGAUAAGGUGCUUGUCCACGACGCCAUGCACCUCAUGAUUCAAGCCAACACGCGCCGCGAACAAGUCCUGAAAGCCGUCAUGGAUUGCCUUCUCGUGUUCAGCACGCCGCCGCGCGCGAUCGUUGGCGGUCUCAAGGCGUCGCCCAGCUAUCACGUGUUCAAAGAGGUCACAGUCAUGCUGCCGACGCUCAAAUACAACGUCAGUCUGGCGCAGAGCCCCGCCAUGGCGCACGAUUUGGGCGCUGUCCUCACAGCGCUGCAAGCGAUGCUGGUCAAGUUGGCCGACUGCUGUGUGGACUCUGUCUCGGGGGGGAUGUCGGUGCCUGUGGGGGGACGGCGCCGGUCGAGUUUCUGGGGCAUGGUCGCCCCCGUCUCGGCCACGCAGCACAAGUUUCCCAACCUCGACAAGCAACGCGUUGUCCUGCACCUUCACGUGCACACGCAUGUGAUACCGUUGCUCCAACUGCCUGCGCACGCACCCAACGUCGCCGAGAAAUUGGUGGCGGUCAAGGCUGCAGUGUGCGAGUUCCUCACUCGCCUCGUGCAGAACCAUCCUGCUGGUCAACACGACAUCUUCGAGCACUUGCCAGCGCUAUGGCCCCGGUUUGAUGACAUUUGUGGCAUGGGCGACGUCGUCAUUGCCGUGCUCAUGAACAACGCGGCGCUGUGCAAGAACCUGCCCGAGCAGGCCGUUUGGAACAUUGUCAAGAUCUUGGACAGCCACUGCCGCCGCCUGCAUCCGUGUGAAUCCGCGGCCAGCGGGUGUGGUUCCUUGUCUGGCUGCCCCUCCACGGAAGCGGCAUCCUUCCAAGUGAUCUGCCAGAUAUUCGACUUUUUGAUGGUGUACAUUGCACCGAACGAGAUGCCGUCGGUGGCCAACCAACGGCUAUGGCUGGACAUUUUUACGCAUGCGCAAUUCACGCACACGAUUCCGCCGUUUGCAGCGGGAAUCGAUGCCAACAUGGACGUGCUGUCGGACGCGAUUGUCGAGUCGCCAGGGUAUUGCGCGCUUGUCGAAGCAGUGCACGCGCCACCAGACAAGCAACACCGCCUCCACUACUUCCAAAAGGUGCUCGUCUUGAUGGGCCUUGCGUGCCGCGGCCGAAACGUGCCAUGCGAGGUCAAGUGUCAGCAAACAUUUCCGCUCAACUUGAUCUUGACCGUCCUCCUCGACGCCAAAAUGCCCAUGGGCCUCAAGUACGUUGCAACUCGGUACUUGACGCUAGUGUUCCUCCACGCGGACGGGUAUGCCGAGCUCACGUCGCUCCAGUCGCCGAUGUGGCGCCUCCUCAUGCAAAGCUCCAACACCAUCUCGGACUUUGCCGCGAGCGAAAACAGUCGCUUCCUCUUCCGACCCGACGACGCGCGAUUCCAAGAUUUGUACUCUGAGUACGUUUACUAUGGCCUCGUCGACGUCGUAACGUGCUUCUUUGCGCGCGUGUUUCGCCCGGCUGCCCACCACAUCCACGUGGAUGGACACAUUACAUCGAUCCGAACGGCGCUCGCCACAGCCUUGGUGGCAUUGUCCGAGCGAUCGGCGACCGACCCGGCGCUCGCCAAGAUGUGCCACAACUGCCGCGUCGCGGUUGGGCUGUCCGAUGCGACGGGCAGCUCUGCCAAGCCUGCACCAUUCGUCGCUCCCCGAGGAAACGUCGGUCGGCGAGACGGCGGCGGCAACCUCCACGUCCAAGCGAGUCAGUUCGACCAGUUCAAGCUUGAACUGGCCGUCGACGACGCGAUCCAAGCUGCGGUCGCGCAUGAAUUCGACGCCAUCAUCCACCGAUGGGCAGCGAUUGAUGUUGAGCGGCACAGCCACAGCGCCAACGUGACGCAGCGCCUCUUUUGCACGAAAAUCAUCGAGUUCAUCGAAGCCAACCCGACGUCAGGGUGCGUCGUCGAUGCACUCAAGAUCCUGCACGAACUCUGCGCCAAGCACCACAUCUCGGACGACGCGAAGAAAACGAUGGAGGAAGUUGAGAUCGAGGAAGCCAUGGACAAACACACGACGAUGCAAACGUUCCUUGCCAGUUGCGGCGCCGCGCGAAUGGUGGUGCAUUUGAUCGCAACAAGCAGUCACGCCGACGUCGUCCUGUAUGCGAUUCGUCUCGGGUCGGAGCUCCUCGUGGGCGGCAACGCGAACGUCCAGGCGCUGGUGAUCGAGAGCCUCGUCGCCCGUCGAGACAACAAAUUUUUCACUCAAGUUGACACGCUUCUGCGCCGGGAAAUCGACCGCGUCAAGGAAGCCCGACGUUUGACCAAGUUCAUGGGGGAAGUCCGGCCAGAGUUUCGGCGGCGAGGCUCUGAUUUGACUGGGGUGCCGUUGUCCACUCGCCAGCCAAUCCGACUGGUGAGCAAGGAACUAGCCGGCGGGGGAGGCAGCGACGACGGUGUGUCGGCUGACCUCGUGAUCCAAUUCCUCACGGAAUGCGCCAAAGGUCACUUUCGACCGAUGCAGACGGUCAUGCUGCACCAAGGGUCGCUGGGUGGCCCGGUGUCGACGACGGUGCACGUAAACGUGUUGGCGUCAGUCGUGGCGUUCAUGUCGAUCUUGGUCAAGGACGAGCUCACGUUGACGAGUUUGGGUGUGGAAGAUGGCGCGUCGCUGGUGCAGUGCUGGGCGUUUUUGGGUGUGUACAUGCAAGGUCCGUGCCGCAUGAACCAGGAGUACUUGCUUCAGUCGUCGUCCAUGGUCGAACUGUUUCGGAAAUCCCUCAAGGUGCACGUGAGUGUGCCGCAGACGGCGCAACGUACCACCCUCACCGACGACGGUGCCAACCUCGUCAUCGAGAAAUCCCUCAAGGCGCACGCGGCCAAGGCCAUGGUGAGUGCGCUGGAAGGGCGCAUGGCGUCGUUUGCAACGUCACCGGCCAUCGCGAGGCUCCGCAGCGGCCUUGAACUUGGUGGAAUCAAGCGGCGGCUCGUGGAAAUCCACGAGCAAUUCCUCACCGAGAAAGAUCGACAUGUGGACGACUUGACAUGGGACGAACGAUUCCUCGAAGAAGGCGUGCACUUGUUCACGCUGGCCAAAGUCGUCUUUGGCGCUGCGUUUGCGUCGAUCGCCGUCCCACCCGUCGUGAAGCGGGCCAAGUACGUGUCGGAGGACGCAUUUGACGACGCCAAAGUCGCGUGGCAGCGCGUGAUGCGGGAUUACACAGCCCACACCUUCUUUGCGGCCAUGCACCACUCGGUCGAGAUCUGGUGGGGAGCCACGGUCGGGCUCGAAACAGUCUACUUUGCCCUGCCAUCGCAUUGCCGCAUGCUGUCGUGCCUCGGGCCAAAGAAAGACCGGCUCCUCAAUGAACUCAACUACAAGUCGAGCGACCGACUCAAGCAGUUUGUCAAGGCCACGGCAGCGUUCGACCAGGAAAUGCAGCACAUGGAGGUCCUGAGCACGUUCAUGCUGUACAAUCUCGUGCGCCCGUACAUCCCGCAUUUCAAAACCGCGAGCUUCUUCUUGGCCAUGAGUAUGAACAUCAUCAUGCUCGUGGCGGUGGCACGCGAUGGCACCCGCUCGGCCUACAACAUGGAGUCCGUGCCCCUCCUCAACGCACAGCAGUUUAUGGGGUCGCUCCAAGUGUUCUUUUCGUUUUGCGUGCUCAUGUUCAUCUUGGUGAUAUCCGUCCCGCUCGUGUUUCGAAGCCGGUGGAACGUCCGAACCAAGCAAGCCAUGCUCGAGUACAAAGAGCAUCGCGCGCGGCGCUCGCUCGACACUCUCCUGGACCUCGACGACAUCAAGAUGCAAGUCGAAGCACGCGUGGAGCAGUCCCGCGUAUGGUGGGCCCACCUGCACGCGUCGUACGGGACGUUUGGCAAGCUCAUUUGCCUUGUCCUCCUGCUCCAAUUUACGCUCAUGCAAGCCGCGCCAGAUCUCCCGUGGUGGCUUCCUGUGGUGCUCCUCAUGCUUCCAUUCAUUCAAAGCACACGCGUGUACGUGGACAAGAGCAGCGGGUACGGCGCAUUCGUCUUUACGGCCCUGUACGACCUCGUCCUCGACAAGUACUCGGCAUUCUACUUCGUCUACUUUGCCAUCUCAGUCGGUGGGUUGUACCUGCACCCCGUCGUCUACGUGCUGCACCUCUUCGACGUUGUCAUGAUGAGCCCGACGCUGCAAAACGUCGUGGCAUCCGUGACCAAGCCGGGCCGCGUCCUCCUGCUCACGACGUUGCUGGGCAUGUGUGGCAUCUACUUUUUUGCCAUGCUUCUCUUCUUUCUCCUCCCGGCGGACGCUUUGGACGAUGAACACCACGCGCCGUACUGCCAGACGCUCAUCGACUGUUUUUCGCUGUGUGUCCACCGCGGCGUCCCGCACAUUGGCGGCGUCGGGUACAUCCUGUCCGAUGGAUUCCACAACCCGCCCAAGUUCCACGACCGCGCGCACUACUGGAGCCGCUUCGUGUACGACGUCGCGUUCUUUGCGUUUGCAGUGAUCAUGCUCAACAUGAUCUUUGGGAUCACGGUCGACACGUUCAGCGAUCUCCGCACGGACAGCGCGGAGCGGGCCGAACUCCGCAUGAACCAGUGCUUUGUGUGUGGCCAAGCGCGCGCGGUGUUUGACCAGCACUACAUUCAACGAGGGCUGCCCAAUGGAUUCAACAAGCACAUUGACGAAGAGCACAACAUGUGGCACUACUUGUAUUUCCUCGUCCACCUCAACUCGAAACAAGUCAUUGAAUGCAGCGGACCCGAAGCCUACGUGAAGACGUUGUUGUUGAAGGAGGACCUGUCGUGGUUCCCACAAGGAAAAGCAGCAUGUUUAGAUGCGACGAACACGCGGCAGUCCGUCAAGGACGACCUGGCGCAGAUCAAGGCUCAGGUGCAAACGCUUGGCCAGCAGUCGGAAGUCAUAUCCAGUCUGUUCCACGGGAAGCGCGACAGGAAGGCCAUCGCGACGCGGGCGGUGUGACCUCGAACGCCCAGUUCUCCCGACGACUUCUCGACGAAAAACGAGAUACAUUGAUAGAUUGAUAAAUAUGUAUUUUAAUAUAUUCUUCCUGAUAGCAA